ACCUCCCCUCCCCCUCUUCCUCUCCUCGUGCUCGAAAAUUUUCCCUCACCCCAACAAGAAUCCCACCCCGCAUCCUCCUCCUCGGCCAUCUCCCGCCGCCGCCGCUCCUCUCGGUAGGUCGCCGCCGCUCGAUUCCUUCUCCGACGCUGGAGAUCUCCGCGCCGCCGCGGGCCUUUCCUUUGUUCCCAGAUUCAGCGGCGACCUCGAAGUUCUCGAACGCCCGAUCUGAGGCGGUAUCUACUUGUUCGGAACCCAUAGGGGGUUCGGAUUCCUCCAGAAGAGGUGGAAUUCGGAGGGAAAUUUCUGGCGUUCUUCUUGAAUCGAUUCUUGGAUCGGCGAUUGACGGGUUCCAAUGGAGCAAAGCGGUCAGCCGGCUGCAUCGGCGCCGUCUGAUUUCCCUCCGAGAAAGCUCGUCCGGCAUCUGGAUUUCACGGCUGCGGCUUACGGCGGAGCUUCCUCUUCCGCGGCUGUAUCGGUGUCUAUCGAUCCGCCGCAGCAACCGCAGCAGCCGCCGCCGCCGCCGCCGCGGCCCGCGCCGGCUUCUCUGCCAAUAUCGCGACCCGCAAUUUCCUCAAUUGCCGUAGCCGCCAAGACAGAAUCACCCAAGUCACGACCACGACUGUUAUAUGAUGCAAAAGAUGGUACACCAACAAGAAAAAAGAACUGCAACUGCAAACACUCAAAAUGCUUGAAGCUGUAUUGUGAGUGCUUUGCAUCGGGAGUUUAUUGUGAUGGCUGCAACUGUUCAAACUGCUGUAACAAUGUUGAGAAUGAAGCUGCUAGACAUGAGGCUGUUGAAGCUACUCUAGAGCGCAAUCCUAAUGCCUUUAGGCCUAAGAUUGGCAGCAGCCCACAUGCAUCACGGGAUGGCAGGGAUGAGGCAGGAGAACUUCCUUUGGUGGGAAAACAUAAUAAAGGAUGCCAUUGUAAGAAGUCUGGGUGCCUAAAAAAAUACUGUGAAUGCUUCCAAGCCAACAUUCUCUGUUCUGAUAAUUGUAAAUGUAUGGAUUGUAAGAACUUCGAAGGGAGUGAAGAGAGGAAGGCUCUCUUCCGUGGUGAUCAUGGAAGCGCUCUUUAUAUGCAGCAGGCAGCCAAUGCAUCCCUAAAUGGGGCCAUUGGCCCAUCAGCAUUCAUGUCUCCUUCAGCAUCUAGGAAGAGGAAGAACCAGGAGCUCUUCUUUGGUGCAUCAAUAAAGGAUCAACCCACUAAAAGGCUUACACAACUUCCACAGGCUAGGACUUCAUCACCAGCCUCUUGUUCUGCUUCCACUCCUGCAGCUAGUGCUAUUAAUACUGCUCCAAUGGCAUCUACUAAGGUCACUUACAGGUCUCUUCUAGCAGACGUAGUCCAACCGGAGCACAUUAGGGAUCUCUGCAAGCUCUUGGUGAUGGUAUCUGGAGAGGUUGCCAAGACAUUUGCUGACAGAAAAGUUCAGGAGAAGUUAGCAGAGAAGGAAAGCCAAGUUGAAAGCUCUCUUGUACCAUCAGAACAAGAAAUAGAUCAGAGACAGAAAGAUGCUGAUAUGCAGAAAGCAUCAGUCGAUGAGCAUUCUAGUGGAAUUCCUGCAGAAAAGACUAGCAUGGAAGAGUCUGAAUCUGACUGUGGAGAUGAACAGAAGGGUGGAAGGCCAAUGUCUCCUGGGACACUGGCACUGUUGUGUGAUGAGCAAGACACGGUUUUUAUGACAUCUCAAGCUACUGGUACAACUCCAAGAUCUUCCAACAACCACAACACAUCAGAAGUCUAUGCGGAGCAAGAGAGGUGUGUAUUAACGGAGUUCAGAGACUAUCUCCUCAAGUUAGUCACCUAUGGACGAAUGAAAGAAGAGAAAUACUCAUCCAUGUCAUCAAAGUGUGAAGUGUCGCCGUGUCAUAUGGUAUCAGCUCCAAAUGGUGUUGCCAGAGGUGCAGUGCCGGCUGCCGCGGAGAAAUCUCAGACAGUGAAACUGGUCCCCCCUAAUUCUAAUAAGUAUCCUUCGGUUGAACAACAAACCAUAGGGAACGGAGAUAUCAAACCUAAGAUUGAGAAACCAGAGAUGUGAACGAGUAAGCAAAAAGAAAAUACAGAAACUCUCAGAACUCAUUUCUGAUUAAUUCUCUAACACUCUGACAGCAUGGAUAUGCUGUUGGAAGGUUAUACUGUAACUCAGUCUAUUAUUUACAGUAGACUGAAUCCUUUACAAUUUUUCACUCAUUUUAAGUGCAAUUUAUAAAUAGUUUAUCCA